AGCCACUUUGGCUCAAGACACCGGUCCAUUUGGAUUCAAGCCUCGGCUGAAGAGGAGGUCCGAGCGGGGAGCGCAUUGCGCCAGGACCAUGCUGCGCCAAUCGUUCGUUGCGGCGGUGGCCUUGGCGCCCGGCGUGGCCGCCACAUCCGGGCGACGCCGUUAUCACGAGCUGGCCUACCCAUCCGAGGUCCACGCAGCAGACGGCGAGUACACGCUCGAGAUGGGAGAGGGCCUGCUUCUCCCCAAUCUGCCGACGCGCGUGUACGUCAACGGGCCGACGUUCCGCGUGCAGCCGGGCGAGUCCCUCCGCAUCAAGCUACAAAACAGCUUGUCCGCCGAGCACAAUGUCGGCUGCGACGUCACAGGGACAGAAUACUGCGAGGCCGCCACCACCAAUCUUCACACGCACGGCCUGCACACCUCCCCCGCGGGCCCGGACGAGCGCGGCGUCUCCAGCGACGACGUGUCCCUGGCGGUGGAGCCUGGCGCAAGCCGGCAGUACGAGUUCACCAUCCCGGAUUACCACAUGGGCGGCACGCACUGGUACCACCCGCACCACCACCACGCCACCGCCCUUCAGGCGGGUGGCGGAGCCGCUGGUGCGCUCAUCGUCGACGACCCUCCCGGCUACCUGCCCGAGGUGUACGCCAGCAUGGUCGAGAAGGUCCUCGUCAUAUCGAACCACAAUCUGGCCGCGCUCGAGAACAUCGCCCAGAUGGCGCAUUCCGGUCUGCUGGAGAACGCGUCUGCCAUCGCGGCGGCCGAAGGGUACGCCGAGAACGUCUUUCUCGUGAACGGCCAGCUCGCUCCGACCAUGAGCAUCAAUUCGCACGUGUGGUACCGCCUGCGCACCGUCUUCGCGGCGGUGCAGCAGGGCCUCAGGCUGCACGUGGACCCGAGAGAAAGCGGGCUGGCCAAUUGCUCGUGGUAUUUGAUCGCAAAAGACGGCGUCUACCUCAACGAGAUCCCGAGGAAGAUCGACAGAGCCGACCUCGUUCCCGGGGCCCGCGCGGACAUCGCCAUGUCCUGCACCUGUGCGACGUACCCCUGCAGAGCGGUUCUGAGGUCCCAGCCGUUCCCCACGGACCAGAUCUCCCGCAGGAUGUCAGACCCCCAGACGACCACCGAUGGGCCCGCGACCACCGUCGAACCCGGCGCGGAUGGCCAGACCAACGACGCUCCCACGGACGAUGCCACCGCCGAUGUGGCAGAGGUGACCGUCCUCAAGAUCGUCAUCACGGAGACGGCCGGCGGCACGGUCCAGGAGCUCCCGGUGUUCUCGCCGGACCGCCCGUGCUAUCUCGCCGACCUUCGGCAGGCGAGCGUGCCGAAUGGGCAGUCGGGGGCGCACAUGGUGCUCUCGGGCCCCUUGCGCGCGGUCACCUGGGACGGGGAAGGCACGAGCAUGACCUACCAGAACAUGAAGGCCGGGAACAACGGGACCGGUUACACCAUGAAGGAGUGGCCGCCAAUUACGGAGUUCACAGUCGGGUCAGUGUACGAGUGGAGUGUCUCUUUCAAUGGACACCCGUUGCACCUGCACGUGAACCCGUACCAGAUCCAGGACAUGAGCGGGGAGAGCUCCCGCGACAGCGGCUACUACCAGGCGGGCGACUGGCACGACACACUGAUGCUCGACGUCGACGCGACGGUCCGGAUGAAUGUCGACAGGUUCACAGGGAGCAUGGUCGUUCACUGCCACAUCCUCUCGCACGAGGACGAGGGGAUGAUGUCCCUCAUCGGCCUCACGGGCACCGAGGGCGCCGCCUACUCGCACGACGGCGCCACCGGCUGCUACAGCACCGCGUGGAGCCCGGGGCAGGCGCAGAUCGUCUCGGGGGCGCCGGGCCCGGCCUGGGGCGGCCUCGGCGCGCUCGCCCUCGCCGCCGCCGCGGCGCUCUGAGCGGGGGGCGCGGCCCGCGGCGGCCCGCUGCGGCGCGCGCUGAGGCAGCCAGGCGCCACGGCACGGCAGCGGGAGCCGCCGGCGGGCAUCCUCCCCGGAGUCGUGCGCCCCGCGAGGAGGCUUUUUUUUUCUCCAGUUUGAGCGAGUCGGGGCGAUCCCGCCCCGCGAGUAGCACGGCGCCAACCGUGUGCCGGUGGCCUGUCUUCCACGUGUCUACAAGUGCGUUUGGCCUUGUUGUAGGCUCACCUCCCAGGCGCGGCUGCUGCGAGCUUCGCUUUCUCAAUUACAGGGGCAUUUGAGGGCCCAUCGCUUGGCGGCCAGCCACCCAUCGCACAUGUUUCCCUCAUCCUUGCUGCUGCUGUUCCUCAUCACUCCUCGAGGCUACAUCCCCCUUCACAUGGAGGUGCGGGAGCCUCUUGGGCACUGCGUGCCAUCGGAGCUGCUAGGUUUGGGUGAUCCGAUCCCCCAUGCGCAUCAGCCAUAAUACAGAUACUUGGCUGCUUUAGGGGCGCUGAUUGCGCGGAGAGCAUCGGCGAGGGACACAAAAGGG